AUGGCGAUAGGUUGUCGUGUUUUGAUCGGUCUAACAAUGAUCCUCAUAAUCUCGGGAACACUAGGGGAAGGAACGUGCCAAGGAGACAUCGAGGGUCUGAUGAGGGAAUGUGCGGUCUACGUCCAGCGUCCAGGCCCGAAGGUAAACCCGUCCGCAGGGUGUUGCAGAAUCGUGAAGAGAUCAGACAUACCUUGUGCAUGUGGCCGUGUCACAGCCUCGGUCCAGAAAAUGAUAGACAUGGAUAAGGUCGUUCAUGUCACUGCCUUUUGUGGGAAGCCUCUCGCUCAUGGUACCAAGUGUGGAAGUAAGUCUUUUUAUGGUAAAGAUCAGUUUCAUUCUUUAAUCUUAUAA